AUGUAUGUGAAACGCUUCGAGUCAGUAACACCAAUACGACCGUUCCUGGCCUGCUGCGUUUUCAGUAACCUCGACCUCACCGGAGAGAAUUUCAAGAAGUUCAUCAACAUACAGACAAAACUUCACGCGUCGUCAUUAUGUGCCAACCGUGAGAUAGCUGCUAUUGGAACCCACGAACUCAAGUCUUUCAACCCACCCUUGAAAUAUUUAGCUUUACCUCGAGAUGAGCUGCAUAUCACUGCCCUGCACAAGAAGAAGCCAGUUAGUGCUCGUGAACUGAUUGAGCUGCGACAGAGAUGCGAUUUGGCCCGAAGGCGAACAAAACGCAACACCCUGAAUCCUUUGCAUCGAUACCUCAAUCUUGUGCUGGAUCUCCCAAAUUUGCCGUGUCUCAUAGAUGCUGAGGGCUUAGUGAUUAGCUUAGCGCCAGUUACCAACAGUGAUUUGACCAAGAUGUCCGAGGAGACGCAGUCUGUGUGGGUAGAGGUCUCGUCUCGCGAAUCAAUGUCGGUCUGCAAAGAGGUCCUUGAACAACUGGUUGCCGAGACGUUACAGAUUUGCCCUCAAAUGCAACUGGACCAGGUGCGAGUGUACAAAGAGAACGACGAUAUGUUGUCGGUCUUUCCGGACAAGAACGAUUUAUCCUCACUAAGUGUACGUCGUGAAUACUUUCAAGCUACUGAAAAUAUUGCUUGA